AUGUGGCAUAUCCACGAGUAUGAGGUGAAGAGCGACGUCCUUUUCCUUCCCGACGUCCCUGGUCCGGUUGAGCGGAAAGAUCGGGAGAAAGCGCCGAAAACUUACGAGAAGACGAUUCACUUUUUUGGCAGGUGGAUAGAGGCGAUCAACUUCCCCUUGGUCUCCCACAGGAAAGGGAUAACAAAGCGUAUAUGGAAGGUUUAUCCCAAGGAAUUCACUCAAAAGAACACGCUGAUGGAGUUGGACUCAAAACUAUUGUACGAGAUAUCAAUUUGCAUUGCUUGGAGACCUGGCAAGAGGAGGAGAAGGACAAGGAAGAUCCUGAAUUUGAGCUCGAGUUUGGAUCCUUCAAAAAAGGACCCAAGGACGAUAAGAACAAGGGUGGAGCGUUUCUUUGAGAUCCAAGACAUUGGUGUACCUGAUUGUUUGAAGGCAGCAACGAUUUGCUUGGACGGCAAGGCGUUGGCUUGGUUUCAUUGGAGUCAAGUAAGGGACCCAUUCCACUCUUGGGAGGAUUUAAAAGAACGGCUGUUGGAGCGAUUCCAGUUAACAGGUGAAGGCAAUCUCUAUCAUCAGUUUCUUGCCAUCCGACAAGAAGGAACUGUACGUGACUACGUAAGCAAUUUUGAGAGACUAUCAUGUCAGGUGGGAGACAUACCAGAAAGCGUGUUGGAAGAUGAAAACAAGUUCAGUAUCGGCACACCCAAGACUAGUGGAGGGGUAAUUCGGUCCAACAGCAGCGGGUCUAGUCGACCAGGCGGAGCUUCUACCAACAUGGGUCGUAUCAUCAUCUAG